CCUCACUCUUUGCUCCAACGGUCAAAACAUAGUAUGAGAACCAUUUUACUAAACACAUCCCACGGAUUACAUAACACAUCGCAACCUGCAACCUGUUCCUACCCUUUAUCCCACUCCGAAUUUCAAACAUGGAUCCAAAAAAGACGACCGUUCCUCGAAAUCCGAGCUCAACGUCUGGCUCCUCCCGCUUUGGUUGCCCUAAAAAAGGCUAAAGGGUAAAAGACCAAAGCUUCAGACUUCGCCGGAGAGAUGCUCUGGGGCUAGAGCGAGGAAGACAAAGGAGUAAAGGAGCAAAAUCCGUCACAUAGAUGGUAGCUGGAAAGGUGAAGGCGGUGAUGGGGUUUCAGAAGAGCCCAGCAACGCCAAAAGUGGAGGCUUCUAGGAGAUCAUCUUCUUCGCCGAUGACGUUCAAAGGCGUCGGCCAGAUCUCCAACGGCAAGGCAUCUGUUUUCUCCCGCUCGUUUGGGGUCUAUUUUCCUCGUUCCUCUGCGCAAGUGCAGCCCCGUCCUCCCGACGUAGCCGAACUCAUCCGCCUUGUCGAAGAGCUUCAAGAAAAGGAGUCUCGACUCAAAACAGAGCUUCUCGAGCAGAAGAUACUCAAGGAGACGGUCGCCGUUGUGCCGUUUUUGGAGAAGGAGAUCGCCGCGAAGAACGACGAACUGGAUCGGGUUAAAAGAAGGGUUGAGGGCUUGGAGGCUGAGAAUCGUACUCUGAGAAUGGAGGUGGAGGCUCUACUCGCCAAGAUUCGGGAAGUUGAGGAAGAGGGGAGGAAGAAGGAGGUGGAGAUCGAAGGUCUUAAGCGGACAGUAUCGGAACAACAGGGUGAGUUGAGGCGAUUCUGUACUGGACCCGUAGAGAUUAACGAUUGCUCGUCAUCUUCGCGGUUCCAGGGAUUAAUAGACGCCUCGGAGAAGUCGAUUCUACUAAAAAACAUUCGUAAAUCCCCCAAAUCCACAGACAUUGCGUCGAAUCCUGACGUAUUGAAGCCUGAUGUGAAGGAUCGGAGAGGGGAGGAGAAGGAACUUGAUCAGAUGCAUCACCAAAAAGAAGAGCUGUCGAAACCCCGCGCUCCUAGGGUUCCGAAGCCCCCUCCGAUGCCGUCUACAUCGUCCUACAGGUCGUCAGCGAUUGCGACGACCAGAAAUGCAGUGCCGCCCCCGCCCCCCCCGCCGCUGCCGCCACCUCCUCCUCCUCCGCCGCCACCUCCUCCGGCGAAGUCGGGAAUUACGGGAGGGGCUGCAUCGGUGAGGCGAGUGCCGGAGGUGGUGGAGUUCUACCACUCGCUGAUGAGGCGAGACACAAAGAGGGAUUCCGCCGGCGGUGUCGGCGAUGCGCCGUCAGUAGCAAACGCUCGGAACAUGAUCGGAGAGAUAGAGAACCGUUCGGCUCACCUACUAGCUAUCAAGACGGACGUGGAGACGCAGGGCGAUUUCAUAAGGUUUUUGAUAAAGGAAGCGGAGAACGCUGCAUUCUCCAACAUCGAGGAUCUCGUCUCCUUCGUCAAAUGGCUAGACGACGAACUCUCCUUUCUGGUGGACGAGAGAGCUGUUCUGAAACACUUCGAUUGGCCGGAGGCGAAGUCGGAUGCCAUGCGGGAAGCUGCGUUUGGUUACUGCGAUCUUCGGAAGCUGGAGUUGGAGGCUUCCUCCUUCUGUGACGAUCUUCGGCAGCCCUGUGCUUCCGCCAUUAAAAAGAUGCAGAGCCUUCUGGAAAAAUUAGAGCAUGGGAUUUAUAGUCUUUCGCGCGCGCGGGAGGGGGCCAUGGAGCGUUACAAGAAUUUCCAGAUCCCAUGGGACUGGAUGCUUGAUAGUGGAAUUGUUAGCCAGAUCAAGCUAGCAUCAGUGAAAUUGGCAAUGAAAUACAUGAAGAGAGUGACAUCCGAGAUUUCAGAAAUAGCUGGUGGCCCUGAAGAAGAGGAUCUUAUGCUACAGGGUGUUAGGUUUGCCUUUCGAGUACAUCAGUUUGCUGGAGGGUUUGAUAUGGAAACAAUGCGAGCUUUUCAAGAACUAAAAGAUAAAGCUCGGAAACGCCAAGCAGACAAGCAACAUCAACAGAACCAACAAAAGCUCUUGAACAGGUCCACCUCUUCUCUGACUCCUGGUUGAGACUGAUGAAGUUCCUGGUUGUGACUGAUGAAGCUCAUCACACUAAGUUCUUAGCAAAUUCAGAAGGGCACAGAACGCUCUUUAACAGGUGGUCGAGAUUAAGAAUUUAUUCUUUUUGUCUAUUGUAACCGAUUUUCUUGGAAAACCACCUGAUAUUUUAUAUGUUAAAGUAGGUAGUUCCUAUUCAUAUUAUUAAACUUCAUUUUUAACUUGAAAGUGGGAGAAAGGUUAAACAUGUCAAAUAUUUGUCUACUGUGUGCUCUUUUCUGGUUUUGCACUGUCAUAU